AUGCUUUCCAAGAUCUUCACCACAGUGGCCCUCGCGGCCUCGCUGGCCUCUGCGCAAACCUUCACGGCUUGCGAUCCCACCAAACGUGAUGGCUGCCCCAACCCCAAGGCUGUCGGCGCUAAGCCGGUUGAUGUUGACUUCCGUAAGGGCGCCAACAGCUUUUUCAAGCCCGCUGAUGGCACCAGCCUCAAGUAUGACAACGGCCUCGGCGCUGUCUUCUCCAUAAGCAAGGAGACGGACGCGCCCACUAUCUCGUCCAACCAGUACAUCUUUUUCGGCCAGGUCGAUGUGACGGUUCGCGCCGCUCGUGGUGUUGGUGUCGUGACCAGCUUCGUGCUGCAGUCGGACGACCUCGACGAGAUCGACUGGGAGUGGCUCGGUGGUGAUGCCACCCAGGUCCAGACCAACUUCUUCAGCAAGGGCUGCACUGACACCUACGACCGCGGUGGUUUCUCGCCGGUCGCCGACCCGGUGAACCAGUUCCACACCUACACCAUCAAGUGGACUCCCGACCAGCUCGACUGGAUCAUCGAUGGCGCCGUUGUGCGCACGCUCAAGAACACCGGCGUUGCCGGCUGCGCUGGCUACCCCCAGACCCCCAUGCAGAUCAAGCUCGGCACCUGGGUUGGUGGCCGCAAGGACGCGCCUCAGGGCACGAUCGACUGGGCUGGCGGUAUUACCGACUUCACCGAUGCCCCCUUCGAUGGUUACUACCAGAGCCUGCACAUCCAGGACUACAUGGGCGGCCAGGGCGCGACCAGUGCCUCCGAGUACCGGUACACCGACCGCAGCGGCACGUGGCAGAGCAUCAAGGUUGUCGGCGGCAACGGCGGCGACUCGGACAGCAGCAGCUCCGUCAAGCCCAGCUCGACCAAGUCUACCUCCGCUAAGCCCACUUCCACCAAGGCCAGCUCGACCACCUCGCACACCUCGACUGCCACCACCCUCUCGACCAAGAGCUCGUCGGCCUCGCACAGCGCUAGCAGCUCUGCUGAGCACGCCACCACCUCUGGCCCUAGCAAGACCAGUGGCAACGGCGGUAGCGCUACUAACUCUGCCUCCUCGACCGUGUCCACUGGCGCUGCGCCCACCAUGGUCGGCAACAUGGCUGCGGUCGGUGCUGCCGCUCUCUUUGGCUACCUCGCCCUCUAG